AUGACUAUCAGUAAGAAUAAUAAGAUGAUGGCUCACCUGAACUACAGGAUGAAGGUGAUCUUACAAGAUGCUCGUACAUUUGUCGGAUAUUUCAAAGCUUUCGAUAAACAUAUGAAUAUUUUGCUCGCAGAUUGUGAGGAAUUUCGACAAAUCAAACCCAAACCUGGAAAGAAGAUUGCUGAGGGUGAAGAAAAGAGGACGCUCGGCUUGGUGUUGCUCCGCGGUGAGCACAUCGUAUCAAUGACUGUUGAUGGCCCUCCACCGAAAGAUGACGAUACCGUCCGCCUCCCUAAGGCCGGAGGAAUUGCUGGACCUGGACAAUCCAAGCCAGUCGGACGAGGAAUGCCUGUUAUGCCACCCGGAAUGCCAGCUGUUCCAACUGCUGGACUUACUGGAGCCGUCAGAGGUGUUGGAGGUCCAGCUAUGGGCGUUAUGCAACCAGGUUACGGCGCUCCCGGUGUCCCACCACCCGGUAUGCCAAUGCCACCUCGUCCAGGUUAUUGA